GGCUGUAGGAGGGGACAGGCAGAGGAGAAAGGGGCAAGUACUUACAAAUACUAUUGAGAACUUCAUGAGAACUCUCCACUCCCUCUGCCCGUCCCACCUUUAUCCACCUUCUUCCUUUCUGUGUCCUUUGUGUUUUGUUUGACCACUGCAAUGACACUUGGGAACAUGGAAAGUGCUGAGCUAUUUGAUGCUGGAGAGAAAGGUAGAGCCCUGAGGGCCACCAAAGAGCUCACCACCGGGGAAGUGGUCUUUGCUGAGCCCAGUUUUUCCGCUGUGGUCUUCGACAGUUUGGCCAACCAGGUGUGCCACAGCUGUUUCCGGCGCCAGGCCAAUCUCCAUCGUUGUGCUCAGUGUAAGUUUGCCCACUACUGUGACCGUACCUGCCAGACUGCAUGCUGGGAUGAACACAAGCAAGAGUGUGGAGCCAUCAAGAAGACUGGCAAGGCACCAAGUGAGAGUAUCCGCUUGGCAGCUCGUGUGUUGUGGCGUAUACACAAGGACACAGGCUUCGCAUCAGACAGCCAGCUGGUCUCUGUGGACCAGCUGCAGGACCAUGUGGCUGACCUGCCUGAAGAAGAACUCACAGAGCUCAAGAGUAAUGUGGACAGCUUCAUGGAAUACUGGUCUUACGGAAAGAAGCAACACUCCACUGACUAUAUCUUACACAUCUUUGGCACUAUCAAAUGUAAUGGAUUUACGCUGAGUGACCAGAGAGGUCUGCAGGCUGUAGGUGUGGGACUUUUCCCCAAUCUGUGUCUUGUCAACCAUGACUGCUGGCCCAACUGCACUGCCAUCCUCAACCAUGGAAACCAGUCAGCUGUAAACUCUGCUCUCCAUUCUCAAAGGAGAAUUGAGCUGAGGGCUCUGGGGAAAAUCGCUGAAGGUGAGGAGCUAACCAUCAGUUAUGUGGACUACCUCAAUGUUUCUGCUGACCGCAAAAAGAAGCUGAAAGAGCAAUUCCACUUUGAGUGCUCCUGCAAACACUGCAGCCAGCACAUCAAUGAUGACCUCAUGACAGCUAUCAGUGAGGGAAGCAAACCCUCUGCUGAUAAGGUAAAAGCAGUGACUGAUUUCAGCAAAGAGAGUCUGGAGAAGAUUGAGAUGUCCCGUAUUGAUGGGAGUUUCCACGAGGUGUUGAAGUUGUGCCGUGAGUGCCUGGAGAAGCAGGAAAAUGUCCUGGCUGACACUCACCUGUAUAAGCUGCGUGUGCUCAGUGUUAUUAGUGAGGUCUUGUCAUACAUGCAAUGCUUCUCUGAGGCUGCUGUCUACGCCCGCAGGAUGGUGGAGGCAUACACGAAGUUAUACCACCCCAGUAAUGCCCUACUAGGAAUGGCCAUCAUGAGGGCAGGUGUCACCCACUGGCAUGCUGGGCAGAUUGAAGUUGGGCAUGGAUUCAUCUGCAAAGCUUAUGGCAUUCUCAUGGUCACCCAUGGACCCAACCACUCCAUUACCAGAGACCUAGAGUUCAUGCGUAUGCAGACUGAAAUGGAACUGAAGCUGUUGAAGAUGAAAGUGUACCACACCAUGAGGAGCAGUGUUCUGAUGCACCAGUCCAUGGCCAUCUCUGCUGAUGAAAACACCAAAGGCCUAUUCUGCAAGCAGUAAUAACCUUCACUACUGAUGCUUCUUUAAGUGACACACCCUGCUAAUUCCAUGAUGCGUGUCCACUUUCUGUUUUAUGAUACACACUCUGCAUAUGCAGAUGGAACACAUGUACAUGUUGCUCAGUAUGUAAGAUAAAAUGGAAGACACAACUUGUGUUAUGUGUUUGCUUACACCCUAAUAUCAAUAAAAAUGAAACCUUGA